UAGUCAUCAAAAGGCAGGCAAAUGAUUCUCUGACAUAAAAAUCCUCAUCUAGGCUGCGGGUAAAACAAUAUAGAUAUUGUAGAAGCCCAUGGACAAUUUGGUCAAUUGAGCAGAAAAGAUUCCAGAAGUCCCACGGGUUCGCCGUAGCACUGGCAAGGAGCAAGGCCGAUCUGCCGGAUGAGGAGGAACCUUUGUAGAUGUGCCAACUCUGGGUCUUGUGGGGGUCCCUCAUGAGAUUUUGCCACUAUUUCUUUUUACAGUCACUACCUUUUUCUUUCACUUCCAUAUCUCUCUCUCUCUCUCUCUCUCUUAUCCUUCUUCCAUUACAUUCACAUUCUUCCCCACAUUUUCAUUUCUCAAUUCUCAUUCAUUCUCUCAAAGAAACCCAAAAGCCAGAAACAUGGCCAUGGCACUUAAAUUACUCUUGCUCUUCUUGACCUUAAGUUUUGCUGCAUAUGCCAUAGAAGAAUCCAGAACUCGGGUAGUAUUUCCUUACCAUCAAAGGGUCUCUGCAUUUUCUCCACCGCAAAAAGAAUUAGCUACGCAGGGUGAUAGCGAAGUUAUGAAGAAUCCAAGAAGGCUAAUGAUUGGAUCCACAGCACCAACAUGCACUUACAAUGAGUGUAGAGGGUGCAGAUACAAGUGCAGAGCCGAGCAAGUCCCGGUAGAAGGAAACGACCCAAUCAACAGCGCAUACCACUACAGAUGUGUUUGUCAUCGGUAAAAUAAUUAAGAUCUUAACUAGUUAUAUCAUAUUGUAAGUUUGAGUUUGAUGAGUACCACUGAUGUGUGCUCAAGUCGAUGAAUGAGAGAGAUCUAAAUUCAUGCAGCAAUAUAUAUCACAAGAAAUCCCAAUAAA